ACGACGUUGAACUUGAAGAUUCAGUCUCCGCCAAAACGGUUAAAUCGAUUGAACUCCUGUUCCUACAAAUCACCAAACCACAAUCACAAUGAAGCACCUCGCAGCAUACCUCCUCCUCGGCCUUGGUGGCAACACCUCGCCCUCUGCCGCUGAUGUCAAGGCCGUUCUUGAGUCCGUUGGUAUUGAGGCCGACAGCGACCGCCUCGACAAGCUGAUCUCCGAGCUUGAGGGCAAGGACAUCAAUGAGCUCAUCGCCUCCGGAUCCGAGAAGCUUGCUUCCGUUCCUUCUGGUGGUGCUGGUGGUGCCGCUGCUGGUGGCGCCCCCGCUGCCGGCGGCGCUGCUGAGGCUGAGGCCGCACCCGAGGCUGCCAAGGAGGAGGAGAAGGAGGAGUCUGAUGACGACAUGGGUUUCGGACUCUUCGACUAAGCGCUUCGCCAAACCACCUCUGUUCACGAAGUAUGAUCCGGCCAAUCUCUCAACAUUUACGAGAAUCAUGCGCAACGAGUUUUGGCAUUUGGGGCGUGUCGAGCGCGCGACGGAUGGGAUAUGGAGAAGUAGAUUGCGGCAGCGCUUUGCUUGUUGCCUGCUAAGAUACCCAUAAUGAAGCCAUGCACCCUCAA